AGAUAAAUGGAGCAGAUGCCAAAAAGCCUGUCAAAGGAUGUCAAGCCUAAGCACUGGAAAGAUGAAAUUGAUUCCAGUCGAGUAGGCGCUGAAUAUUUCUUAUCACAACCUGCACGACCUGUCUUUAUUCCAGCAAAUUAUAUCCUUUCGUGCUUUGGGGCAGGAGGACUCAGAUCAGCUAUUGUCAGAAUGGUCGCAGUGGAUGGAUGAUCUUGGACGAAGCAAUUAUGAACAUAUUCGUCGAAGGGCAAAGUCAGCUGGGAUCAUGACAAAAUAUGACAUCGACAAAUAUUAUAAAACAAUAGAAGCUAAAACCUGGAGAGAUGAGAUUGAUGCAAAUCGUGAAGGAGCUGGCUAUUUCCUACUACAGCGUGGACGCCUUAACUUUAAUCCGACAGACUAUAUAGCCUUUCGAAGAUUGGAAAGGUCAGAGUCAUAUAAACUACCAAUAGAAUGGUCACAGUGGAUUCUGGAUCUCAAGGAAAGCAGUGACGAGCAUGUCCGUCGGAAGGCUGAUGCGGCUCCUAUAAUGGGAAGAGAUGACAUACACGGAUACUACAAGAAUAUUAUUGUUGAUGAACAUGAGCUGGAGAUUCUUGGAUUAUCAUCAAAGCAAACAAUUGGAGGGAGCCAUCAUCUUGCAUCCCUUCUGGAAGAUCGACAAGGGAAACCCAAUACUACACAGUCGCCCACAAGAUUGCCUUCAGUGCCUAUGAGUCCUUCGGAAUCUACACAAGAUCAGAACUUGCGAAAUGAUGACCAGCAUCUUGACAUGCCACGACAAAAGAAAGCCCGCAUUUGUUUGUCGCCAUUUCCACUUCAUGGAGCGUCCUCAGUAUCUUCCCGCCACACACCUCCUUAUGCUGGGGGGUCAGCAGACUCCUCCCCUGAGUUGUCAACGAUCUCACCUCCCUCAUCUCCGGAUUUUACUCUUGAUGGCGUUAAUGUGGAGCAGGAGGCGAACUCUUUUUUUUCCAAUGUUGGUACUCUACAAGAUAUUCUCUUCAACAGUCUUCAGGAGGGUAAAAACAUACCUUCAUGGGCCAAAAACCGACCGCUAAACACCUUCAUAUUGCGGCUCAAGGAAGACUGGGGCGUUAGAGUUACAAGUUUGUAUUACAAACCAGAGGCUCAUACCGAUGUCUUACCGCUGCCAUUUUUGGUUAGUCCGCUAUCAAUUACAAAAGGUUUAUUAAGUGGUAGGCUUAUAAUUGACUAAUACCGAUAUCGGUAUGAGUCUGUAGUUUUUGCAGCUUCAUACAAAGUUUGUAUGAAGCUGCAAAAACAAAACCUAUCCUUGACCAUACCUAUGUGGAUG